AUGGGUCUCUUCGCAUUCUCUCAAUUUUCUCUCAAAAUUUUCCUCCUUCACAUUACUCUCUUCUCCACUCUCUCUUUCUCUGGUGAUCCAUCUAUUUACCAAGAAAUUCACGUUUCUUACACCACUGUUUCUCCUCUCAGUGUUCCUCAACAGGUUAUAGCUGUGAAUGGGAAAUUUCCAGGACCUGUGAUUAAUGUUACAACCAAUAACAAUGUAGUUGUGAACGUUUUCAAUCAGUUGGAUGAAGAACUUCUCAUUACAUGGCCUGGUGUUCAAAUGCGGCGUGAUUCGUGGCAAGAUGGAGUUCUUGGGACGAACUGUCCGAUUCCUCCGAAAUGGAAUUGGACAUAUGAGUUUCAAGUCAAGGAUCAAAUAGGAAGUUUCUUUUACUUCCCUUCUACUAACUUCCAAAGAUCUUCUGGUGGUUUCGGUCCUUUUGUUAUCAACAAUAGGGAGGUUAUACCGAUUCCUUUCGCGCAGCCGGACGGAGAAAUUUUCAUCAUGAUUGGUGAUUGGUAUACUCAGAACCACACUGCUCUAAGAACAGCGCUUGAUGGUGGAAAAGACCUUGGAAUACCAGAUGGUGUUCUUAUCAAUGGGAAAGGACCUUAUCAGUACAAUGAUACUCUCGUACCUAACAAACUACCCUUUGAGACAAUUACUGUUGACCCAGGCAAGACUUACCGAAUCCGUGUCCAUAACGUUGGAGUUUCGACUUCUUUGAACUUCCGAAUUCAAAACCACAAUCUAUUGCUUGCGGAAACAGAAGGGUAUUACACAACGCAGGCAAAUUUCACGAGCUUCGAUAUUCAUGCCGGUCAGUCUUACUCUUUUCUUCUCUCCACCGACCAGAACGCAAGUACCGACUACUAUAUUGUCGCCAGCGCUAGGUUCGUGAAUGAAUCAUUAUGGCAGAAGGUUACCGGUGUUGCAGUUUUACACUAUACAAAUUCCAAGGGUACGGUAACUGGUCCUUUACCUCCACCACCCGAUGAUUUUUAUAACAAGGGCGCGUCGAUGAACCAAGCAAGAAGUAUCAGGCAAAACACAUCUGCUAGUGGAGCUCGUCCUAACCCUCAAGGAUCCUAUCGGUACGGUUCGAUCAAUAUAACCGACACUUACCUGUUAAAUGUUACAGCACCAGUGAAGAUCAAUGGAACUACUCGGGCUGCCAUUAACGGAAUCUCAUUCCUUAAACCCGACGUUCCAUUUCUCCUUGCUGACAAGCAUCAACUAAGAGGAAUCUAUAAGCUCGAUUUUCCAAGCAAGCCGAUGAACAGAACACCAGUGGUUGACAGAUCAAUCAUCAAUGCUACAUAUAAAGGAUUCAUCGAGAUUGUAUUUCAAAACAACGACACCACAGUUCAAAACUUUCAUCUGGAUGGCUACUCGUUCUUCGUUGUCGGGAUGGACUAUGGUGAUUGGACAGAAAACUCUAGAAACUCUUAUAAUAAGUGGGAUGCAAUUUCUCGUAGCACGACUCAGGUUUUUCCUGGAGGAUGGACAGCAAUUCUUGUGUCUCUGGACAAUGUUGGAUCAUGGAAUUUGAGAUCAGAAAACCUAGACAGGUGGUACCUCGGUCAAGAAACUUAUCUGAGGAUUCUGAAUCCUGAAGAUUCGAAAGACAAUGACACCGGUGUACCAGACAAUGUUCUAUAUUGCGGUCCUCUCAAACAUCUACAAAAGGAACAAAAAUCUUCAGCUUCUGCAUUGGGACAUUCCAUCCUCUUCACAUUGCUCUUGGGAGUUCUUUGUGUGAUUUUCACAGCUAGCUAA